GACACUGUGCACCAACCUGACCACGUAGCUGGGGGUAGAUUGCCCCCCUAGCCUUAAUUGUCUGAUGUCCCUGACUUCAUGAACACUCCACCAUACCAGUGAAUGUUUGUCACAGCCUGCUUAUUGACGCAAGCUCUCUGCUCUUCUGCUAAAACGAAAGUGAAACUAAAACAGCAGCAUUGAGAUCGCAGUCAUCUGUGGUGGAGUAACAGAAGAGCAACAACAAGAUGAGCAAAGUUACAUUUGCUAAAAAUCUUCAGAAGGGUCCAGACCACAAGGGGGAGAGAACAUGCAUCAUGUACCAUGGAACCACUAUGAAGGCAGCACGAACGAUCAAGCAAACGGGCUUCAUUCGGUCUGUGGGUGGCAUGCUUGGCUCUGGUGUCUACGUCAGCCGCAGCUUCAAGAAGGCAGCUUGCUACCCCAAGGGAGCCAAAGGCCAGAAACGAGCAGUGCUUAAACUGAGUGUCUGUGUGGGCAGAGUGAAAAAGAUUGACAGGCAAGGCCACCACUUACAGAAGAGCUGGCACCAGGCAGGAUACGACACAGCCUGGGUCCCACCCAACUGUGGCAUGGUGAAAAGUGGGCGUGAGGAGAACUGUGUUUGGGAUCCAGAGAGAAUCAGAGUGCUCUCUAUCCUAAACAACAAGAGAGAGAGUAGUGAUGAGGAGUCAACAGAUGCAGAUGAUGACAGAUCAACGGAUGAGGAUGAUGAUGGUGCUGAAGGUUAUGACGAUUCAACAAAUGCUUAUAAUGACAGUUCAACAGAUGACGAUGACAAUGAUGAUGAUGAUGAUGAGUCAACAGAUGUGUACGAUGACAGAUCAACGGAUGAGGAUGAUGAUCGAGAUGAUGAUGAUGACGAGUCAACAGAUGUAUACGAUGACAGAUCAACGGAUGAGGAUGAUGAUCGAGAUGAUGAUGAUGACGAGUCAACAGAUGUGUACGAUGACAGAUCAACGGAUGAGGAUGAUGAUCGAGAUGAUGAUGAUGACGAGUCAACAGAUGCAUACGAUGACAGAUCAACGGAUGAGGAUGAUGAUCAAGAUGAUGAUGAUGAUGAUGAUGUGAUGGACACUAUGAGGAUGAGAGGUGAAGAGUCCACAGACUCCAGUGAUGAGUGAUCCUCCAGGCGCACAUACCUGCAUAGAUGAAUAUGUAAAUACAGACGAAUCUUCAGAUCAUGCUGCUGACAGAUCCUCAGGCCACGGUAAUGAUGAUGAAGCCAGUGAUGAAGAGGGGUCCAAAUGUGAUGAAAAUACUGAUGUUUUCACAGAGACUUAUGAAAGUGAAUUCAGUGAUAAAGACUCUUAUGAGUCCAAUAAUUAUUACUAGUGAUCUAACAAGCCCUUCUACAUCUGCAUAGUUCAGAAAUUCAUGUAUUGUUUACGCCAUAGGAUUACUAGAGGUUAUGUCACAUCUACAGCCUCAAAGCAGUAUUUCUGUCACAAAUAAUAGGUCAAAACAUAAAGAGGAAUGGGGUAACUUAUGGAAUUCCUCUGAAUAUUUUGGCAAAUAGGAACACAUGUCCGUGUGUGUGUGU